AUGGAUGCGGUGGAAUGCUACAAGUGUCAUAAUCUUGGAAAUUUCCAGUAUGAAUGUCCAAAAUGGGAUAAAGAGGCUAAUUACGUAGAAGUAAAUGAAGAAUAUGAUAUGUUGUUGAUGUCAUAUGUUGAGUCACAUGAAACAAAACAGAUUGAUGCUUGGUUUCUUGACUCAGGAUGUUCCAACCAUAUGCGUGACAAUAGAGCAUCGAAGAUACGGUCUCCUGAGCUACAAGGGAUUGAGAACUUUGCAACACAAAGGGAUGAAAAGGAGAAAGGGUUAAGUGUCAAAUGUUUACGGACAGAUAGAGGGGGUGAAUUCACUGAUUUUUGCAAAGAAAAUGGAAUCAAGAGAUGUCCCACAUUGACAGUGAAGAAUAUCACACCACAAGAGGCGUGGAGUGGAGUAAAACCCUCAGUUGAGCAUUUCUGUGUCUUUGGAUACUUAGCUCAUGCUCAUGUUCCAAAUGUUAAGAGAGAUUUGGAGUGGGGAGAAAAUGACGAAAACAACAGUGAGAGAGAAGAAAGGGUGAGUGAAAAUGCAGAUGAAAAUGACAGUGGGGCUAAUGGAGAAAGAAAUGCGGGUGAGAGCAGUGAAACACAGGGCUGUGAAGAUACAGGUGAGAGUAAUGAAACACGGGGCUGUGAAGAAAUAAUUUCUAAUGACUUUAGUAAGGAUGAAGGGAGGGUUUAUGAAAGAAGAGUAAGACGUCCUCCUUCUUACUUGAGUGACUAUGUCACUAGAGAUGAGCUAACAGAAGACGAGGCACACAUGGUUCAAAAUGUUCCAAUAAGAGAUCCUCUCUAUUUUGAAGAAGCAGUGCAAGACGAGAAUUGGAGCAUCAAAUGGGUAUACAAGACCAAAUAUAACGAACGUGGAGAGAUUGACAAGCACAAAACACGUCUAAUAGCCAAAGGCUACUCACCGAAGCACGGUAUAGACUACACAGAGGUUUUUGCACCAGUGACAAGGAUGGACACCGUGAGGAUGAUCAUUGCCUUGGCAGCACAAAAGAGGUCCAUGUUGAGAGAAUUUGAUAUGACAUAUUUGGGAAGCAUGAGGUUUUUCCUUGGCAUCGAAGUACUUCAAAGAAUAUAUGGUAUUUUCAUAUACCAAAAAAAGUAUGCUCUGGAGAUUCUGAAGAGAUUUGAGAUGUUGGAAAGUAAUGAGGUGAGUAGUUCGAUUGUCCCAGGUUUUAAGGUCAAUAAAGAUGAGGAUGGAAUUACUGUGGAUGAGACAUACUUUAAGCAAUUAGUGGGAAGCUUAAUGUAUCUCACUGCCACAAGACCAGACAUGAUUGAUUAUGCAGGAGAUGUGGAGGAUAGGAAGAGCACAAAUGGUUAUGUGUUCUUGCUGAGUUCGGGUGUUGUAACAUGGAGUUCAAAGAAGCAGCCUAUUGUUACACUAUCCACUAUAGAAGUAGAAUUUGUAGCAACUGCAGUAUUUGCGUGUCAAGCAAUAUGGAUGAAGAGAGUGUUGAGGGAGUUUGAGUACAGUAACGAGGCUUGUACUCUAAUUAGAUGUGAUAACAAUUCAACCAUUAAGCUGUCAAAGAAUCCUGUGAUGUAUGGUUGA